GCAACCAAAGACAGAAAAGCGCAGUGGCCUAGGUAUAUUUUUUAUCAUUACCUCGCCCCGCUCAUGACACCCAUUCACUCUUUGGCCCUGUUGAUUCUUAAACCUCUUAACCCGCAGAUCUGGGAACUCUUUUCAGAGACUUUCAACGACCUGCCUUAAAACAUUCACACGUCUCAUAACUCCGAGGAUCCCACAGAUUCAAUACCAACUUUUUGUAUCACCUCAAACCUCAAACUCAUUAGAUAUCACGGAUCAGACGACGUCCGAAUCUUUCAAAUGUCUUGAUACAACGAUUACCGGGUCCUCCUUACAAUAACGGCUAUCAUCUCAUCUUUCUACCACAUAAUAUUCCCCCGCCGCUCGGAUGCCCGCUGUCAGAAAAGAUCAGAUAAUCAUCUCAAGGGCUUUUCCCUUCAAACAGAACCUUAAACAUCCUGUCAUUAUCUUGACCAGGAGUAUCCAGCCUGAUACAAGCUACGAGGAAGAACAUUUCCUCCAGCCCAGUGAUCGCGUUCCUGGUGCGUGGGGAUAUAGGUAGAGAGAGAUUCGCCUCGCUGUUAACGGUUUUUUUACAACAGCGCUGUGCACUCUUUAUCGUCGAUAGCAUUCUUUUACGGUUGACGCAAUUUUACUUUCGUUAUUCACAAUUCCGCUGGCUCGGGAACUUUUUAUUUAUUAAGAUUUUUUAAACGAUACAACGAACAGUACCAGCGAUACCCUUUUUGUUAUUUCUUAUACCUUACGACUCGAUACCCAGAACUUCUUUUCACAUAAUACCAGUUCUUUCUUCAUACAAAGAUAUAAUGGGAAGACUUAUUAAGAACCAUUGGGCACGUCUAAUAGUCCUCACUGCCGCCAUCUGUUAGUAUUCACUAAUAUUGAUUUCAUCCCAUACAUAAAGCUAAUGAGAGACAAACUAGAUCAAGUCGCAGCCGCAAUCGAAGGAUUCUUCUGGCCCAAGGUCUUCUGGGAUUUCCUCACCAAAAAUCUCGACGGAGCAGUUAAACCCAUUCCAAUACUGCAAAUAAUAAACCUGCUCUUUGGUCUAUUUAUGCUAGCUUGGGAGUGGCCACUCGGAUUUUUAGUCGGCACUGCCUUUCACCGCAGCAUAGAGGCUCGACUCGUUGUUCUUCCUUUAACGGCAUUGGCUGCCGCGUUACUAUACCAAGCGACCAAUCCUGCCAUUUACUAUACAAUUGCGCUGGUGGUAUAUUUCUGGGCGUACAGCGAAGGAGAAGUAAUAGUCGGGGUAUGGAAACUUCCACCUCGACGAUCUACGUCGGGAAAAGUAUAGUAGAAAAGAUGAACGAAACGAAACGACCUGGGGGAUGGAAAAGGGAAGGAAGGGAAAUGGCAGCGAUGGAAUAUUGGGCAUCGGUAUUGAUAUGGACAUAUAUGAAUGACUAUGACUUCUCAGUCGCCUGGUUGCACAUCAGGGUUGGAGUUUUAGGGACUUUUGUUUAUGCAUCAGCGACCGGCGUUCAAUCAUGGAUGUGAGUAAUGUGGGAUGGAGGG